AUGCCGACCCCGGUCCGGACCCCUUUGCGAACUUACCCGAAAAAGACUAUCAGGCCUGACAUGAGCAUCUACAUUAAGCCAAGUCAGACUGCACGCCAACGAGAUUGGAAGCGCACAAAGGACUCCGGUCCCUUUGAAAUUGAAGUGUUUGUGCUCGCUGCGAAUAAGGAGCGCCACACGCUCCCAGGGACGCGGCGUGUUACUGCAUCGAGAAUUCAAGAAGCUACAGCUAGUAUCGAUGAGUACUUGGCACAGAGGCCCGAGCUCCAAGGCUCUACCAUUACACUGCCCGACACUGCUACUUUCGCUCAAGCUCAGCAUCUCGACGCUAUGCUGGCUGAAGAGGAGAGCGAGUACGACACAGUCAAUGUACGGGUUAAUGGGUCGCGAGAGAUUCCGAUCACAUUCAGCAUACAAGAGUUUCGCAGAGUUAUGCAGUUGCCCAGCUACAACCUACUGGCAAGCGGAGUCUUUCCCUCUUUUGUGCCUCCACAGGAGCCAGACGAAGACGUCGAAGACCUUGACCACGUCAGUGAUUAG